AUGCGAGCUCUGAACACGGGAGUAGACGCUCUUAGGGCAGAAUACAGAUCUCUUGCUCGAUAUACUUUACCUGAUGCAACCUACGAAGCCUUCAAGGCAAACCAUGAGGCCGGAAGGAACAGAUACCAGGAUGUUCCCUGUCAAGAUCAAUGCCGCGUAGUCAUUACUUGGCCAGGAGCUGCUGUUGACUACAUUCAUGCAAACACAGGUUGA